AUGAGAGCAGCUGGACAUCGCAGCCGGACUGUGUUACAGAGCGCUGCCGAAAGCGGCCACAUGAACAUUGUCAAGCUUCUACUGAGCGCUGGGGCAGAUGUUAAUGCUGAACCAGCUGACGAUGGUGGUGGAACUGCACUGCGGGCUGCUGCUGGAGAAGGCCAUCUGGAUAUUGUCAAAUUGCUCUUAGAGGCAGGGGCCGAUGUCAACGCAGAGCCAAAGGGUCGGCAAGAAACCGCAUUGCAAGUUGCUUGUUUCAAGGGCUAUUUGAACAUUGUUCAAAUGCUCAUAAACGCUGGGGCAGACGUCAAUGCAAAGCCAACCCAUCAUUACCAGAACAAGUGUGCUUUACAGGCUGCAGCUGCUAACGGGCAUUCAGGUAUUGUCGAAAUGCUA